AUGGAAGGACAUGUUCUGGUUCAAAGACUCCCGGCUAGACUGGUUUCACCUUCUCUGUAUCAGCGUAUCGGUUAUGUCUCCAUCAGACGUUCGGUUUCAGGUCUUGCCAUGGACAGGAGGAUCAACUCUAGAGCUCCGUCGGAAUUCGCCAUCAGUGCUCAACAGGAAAGCUUAGGUGUUGCUUCUUCUUCUUCUUCAGUAGAAAAUGAUGUUAGAAUCAAGGAAUGGAAAGUAGACAUGUAUCAGAAUGAAGUAGCCAUCAGCCAAGAUGAAGGAACGAACCCACUUGAGGCAUUAAAGAAAGUUGUAGAGAAUGCUCCUCCUACUAGAGAUUUCCUUGGUGCGCUUAGGAUGGCUCAUCAAAGAACUUGCUUCCCUGCUUUGAUCGCUGAGGUAAAGAAGGCUUCUCCAAGUAGGGGAAUCUUGAAAGAGAAUUUUGACCCGGUCGAGAUUGCUCAAGCUUAUUGA